AUGGAGCCGCACCAGGACCGUGGGUUUCCCCAAAUCAUGGAGCUGCCCGACAUGAACAAUCAUGACUCGGAUGGCUCGGGGUCCUCCGAUGAGCUCCUCCAGCAACCGUAUGCUGCUCUUUCGAAUCCGGGCUACCCUGAGAACUUCGACCCUCAGAUCCAAACCACGCCGGCCACCACCAUCACCUCUUCGCCUCCUCCAUCGCAUCCUCUUGGCCUUUCUUCCUGGCCUAGCACCACAUCCUCGCGCCCUCGCGGUUCUAGCGUCAGCACUCUCGCCCUAGAGCAGGUUCCGCCAUUGGACGGCACUCUGUCCGACGCGAGACUCCAACGCCCGUCAGGCCCCGCUAGAACGCCGUCCAACACCUACGCCCCCCAACGUCGUCCACCACAGUACAUCAGCCUCCAGAAUGACCACCGCCGCUCCUCCUCCAAUAAGCGAACCCCAAGACGCGACCCCAAUGCACAAUAUCGAGCGCAGGAAAAGGCAUAUGUGCAGCGGAUCCGCGCGGAUCCGCAGGCGUGGUAUAGCCACUUCGACGAGGCUCAAAACAUGGGACCGGCCGUCGGAGACUCGGACCUAGAGGAACCGUCACCUUCCUCGGAGGUUCCGUUCGAGGAUGACGCCUACGACCCCGAUACCCAGCUCUUUCUGUCGGACGAUAACCAGCCAACGCUCGAAGAACUUAAGAACCCCAAAAACCAGGAGAGGCUCGAAUGGCACUCGAUGUUGGCUUCGGUGCUGAAAGGAGAUGUUGUGAAGCAGGAGAAGCAGCGACUGCUUGGUUCUGCGGAGACAAAACACUUGGCGGCUCAGAACAGUGCCAUAUGGUUGGGUGUGAGAGCUAGGACGUGCGGACGCAGCGUCGCUCUGCAACGCAAACUGAUUGAGGAAUCACGCGCCGGCCUGGGACCCAUCAUUGAAGAUAUUAUCAAAUUCGAGAUCAAGGGCGAGACGGAGAUUGGGAAAACGCCCAUCAAACAAGUUGAGGAUAUUGUGGAGCAGAUUGAGAAGUGCGAGAUGCUUUACUCGACGCACAAGGAGCUCGAAAGCGAACAGCCCCGCGUUGCCUCAGAGGAAUUUUGCUCUAGCCGUGAGGCGGUCUUUGCAUGGCACAAUACUACAAUCCUUAUCAACACGGAACUCGCCAUCUUGCGGAAGUGGGUUGGAAACGACGAGCUGGACUUCAGCAAGCCGAGAGACAAGACGACCAACAGCGACCUUUCUGACGAGUCUUCUUUCCUCGAUCGUAUCAUGAAGGAGGAUGGACUUAGGACGCUCCAGGGAGAUCACAACAUGCUAAUGGAUAUUGGUGAAGUGAUCCAAAAAGCCAAGAGCACCCUGAUCGAGAAUGCGAGCAAUUUCGCUAAGCGUCAUCUGCCUCCCUACAUAGAAGAACUUCUGACCCUCAUCAAUUUCCCCUCUCGUCUUAUGCAAGAAAUCAUCCGGGUCCGCCUCUCUUACGCUAAAAAUAUGAAAGACCCGGCCUCUCAAUCUCCCAUUUUGGUCGAUCAAAUGAUCUCUCAGUUUCAAAUCUUGAUGAAAGUUGCAGUCGAAAUCAAGCAACGCUACUUGGAUAUUGCUAGACCUGAACCUGGGUGGGAUCUUCCGCCUUGUAUCGACGAGAAUUUUGACUCGGUGGUCUUAGACGCACUGAAGUACUAUUUUCGACUGCUAAAUUGGAAGCUAAAUGCGAACAAAAACACUUUCAAAGAAGCAGAAAUUCUCGAACAAGACUGGGAAUUUUCGAAUCACAUUGGACGCCAACUUGAAGGUGGAGAUAUCGAAGUCGCCGAGCAAUUCAGUGCUUUGACCGCAAAAUCACUCCAGCGUUUAAUGCUUCAUUUCGAGCGAGAAUUGACUAUAAUGCCCGAUGAAGACCCGGUCGACAUGGACAAACGUUACAAGAGCGUGUUAGACUCGACUCGGAUCCGUCAGCGAAAGCUCUAUCGUUUCUCCAGGUUUUUGCGACAGCUUUUCGAAAAUGCCACCGAAUACAACCUUUCCACUGAUAUCGCCUAUGACUUCUUCGAAGCCCUUCUCAUCUCGGACCAUUUUCUCAUCAAAUCUCCUUUUUCUGUUGGUCAGAGAGGAGUGUAUCUGUUUGCUCACCCUGCCUUGUGGAAUCGUCUUACCGGCAUCCAGGCAAUCCUCGGAACAUCGUUUCGCGAAGAAGAUUUACCGAAAGAUACCCCUCUUGCGCCGUACCUGCUGGUAGUUCGGCCUGAGAAGCCCUUGACAUGGGCCGGCAGGGAGAUGCAAGUGGAUGUGCUGGAACAACCUACAGACCUGCGAAUGGGAAAACUUCGCCUCGUGGUCGAAGGAACACAGCAACGCCUGUCCAAUGCUCGUCAAGAGUUGGCCCAAUUAACCGGAAUCCAGCUUGAUAUGGCUAUUGAGCAACGCGCGAACCUGGGCCGUGUGAACGUGGAACUCAACAAGAUCAAAAAGACAUCAUUCAAACUCUCUAUGACCAUCAUGGACAGCGUGGCUAUCAUCAGGGACCAACUCAAGGAAAGAGGCAUCGAAAACCUCGAUCUAAUCCAGGCUUGUUAUGCCUUUGCUACUGAAUUCGGUAAUCGUUCUUCCAAUGUCGACCCCAAUAGACGGGCCAUGAACAGCGCGAGACUUGUUGAGCUAUCCCUUGACUGGGUGUCUUUCGUUUGUGAUGACUGCGAUGCCGCCGAUCGGAAAACAUUCAAAUGGGCCGUGUCCGCACUUGAAUUCGCCAUGGCCAUCACCUCCAGCAGGCAUCUUCUUUCCAUCGACGAUGUGCAAUUCUCCUUUUUGAGGCAGAAAGUCGCCGGCUGUAUGUCGCUUCUGAUAUCUCACUUCGAUAUUAUGGGCGCUCGGUCCUCGCGCGCUGCCCAGGCCGAAAAGCAGCGCAUGGAGGAGCGAGUCGGAGGGCGAAAAUUCGGUUCCGGCCGGAUUUUGACGGACGAAGAAGCUACGAAGCUUGUGCGGGAACAGCGCCUGUCUCAUUUAGAUGAGAUUGAGGACAGGAGAGUUGAGGAGAACGCGAAGCGUCAGGCUUUGGGUAGGGUGCUUGAAGGGUCUAACGAAGCUGACAGGUCCUUGACUGUCCUCUCGUCUUCUGCGACCAACGUGACUCUGCGUUGGCAGCAGGGACAAUUCAUUGGCGGUGGAACGUUUGGCUCCGUGUAUGCUGCUAUCAACUUGGAUAGCAACUACCUCAUGGCCGUCAAGGAAAUCCGACUGCAAGACCCACAGCUCAUUCCCAAGAUUGCCCAGCAAAUUCGGGACGAAAUGGGUGUUCUUGAAGUUUUGGAUCACCCGAAUAUUGUGUCAUACCAUGGCAUUGAGGUGCACCGUGAUAAGGUCUACAUCUUCAUGGAAUACUGCUCCGGAGGUUCUUUGGCGAGUCUGUUGGAGCACGGCCGUGUCGAAGAUGAGACGGUCAUCAUGGUUUAUGCCCUUCAACUCUUGGAGGGAUUGGCAUACCUGCACCAGUCCGGUAUCGUGCACCGAGAUAUCAAACCCGAAAACAUUCUGCUUGACCACAACGGCAUCAUCAAAUAUGUCGAUUUCGGUGCUGCCAAAAUAAUCGCCCGCCAAGGCCGUACUGUCGUCCCCAUGGAUGCGUUUGCUGGCAACCAGCCCAAGGAAGCGCUGGUUCCCAAAGACGCGCAGCUUGCUCAACAACGAGGCAAGAACCAAAAGACCAUGACCGGAACGCCUAUGUACAUGUCUCCUGAAGUAAUUCGGGGAGACUCUUCGAAGCUGGUCCACCGCCAGGGCGCUGUUGAUAUCUGGUCUCUCGGAUGUGUGAUCUUGGAGAUGGCCACCGGUCGUCGUCCCUGGUCUACCUUGGAUAAUGAAUGGGCAAUCAUGUACAAUAUUGCCCAAGGAAAUCAGCCGCAGCUGCCUAGCCGAGAUCAGCUGAGCGAUGUAGGUAUUGAUUUCCUUCGUCGUUGCUUUGAAUGUGAUCCUUUGAAGCGAUCAACGGCGGCCGAGCUACUCCAACACGAAUGGAUCGUCUGCAUCAGACAGCAAGUCGUGCUCGAGCCUUCAACCCCUAGCAGUGACCACGGCAGCAGCCAGGGUUCCAACUCCUCCAAUAGUCGCAACAACUCCUAUUACUAUGCUUAA